AUGGCAUGCGGUGCUGAAAUACAAAAUCUCCUCAGCUACGGUGCGACAUAUCUGUGGAAACUGUUGGCCCGCUUGGACCCUGAAAAGUUCUACUCCGAUCUGGUGGAGAGCUUCUUUGGUGCGAUACUCGCUGGUUCACAGAGCGAGCUUUCAGAAUGCGAGAAGUUUUUCGAGCGCAUCGGUCUGAGAUACUACGCCGCACGUAUGGCGAGAAAACUUUGGACGUUAUGUAUCCGAGAGAUGAAUUACAAGGCCUGA